GGAGUCACAACUUUUGGCUGGAGCUGUCUUUAAAUGCGUUGACUUAGAAUCUAAGGAAUUCUCACCGAGAUGAAGUACUUCUCGUCGUUUAAAUGGACACUUCUGUUUCCUGGUUUGACAUUGAUGCUUGGAGGAGACCAUGGUUAUGCAAAGCCUCUGAAUAGCGAGGAUGUCGAGAGCCUGCUUCCUGCAACCCCGCAAACUAAGAACGAGACUGUGGCUGCCAUUGUACAGGAUCCAGUUGUAAAGAAUGCCGUACAAUAUGCCGUCGGUAAUGGAUCUUUAUCAGGAUUAGUUGUUAAGAAGAACGUUGUUAUUAUCCCUGCUGAUACGCCUGAUCAGGUGCUCUCCCAUAGACAGCAAAUUUUCGUAGCUCCUACGUCGCACUUGGAGGACAUUCGGAAGAAUAUCACUGAAGACCUUCAAACGGAAACCGAACCACCGGAAGACGAUCAAUCGGAAGAGUCAGUACUUACGUAUCAGCCAAUAAUUGAGGACGAUGCAAAUGAGAUGUUUCAGAAAAGUGAAAAUACUUGGUAUCUAGAGAACUAUGCCACUACGUUAUCCAACGAUCUUGUGGAAGAUCGAAACGAUACUUACGAAAAAUUGAAAGCCAUUUUACCAAGUAUAAAACCUCAAGUCGAAAUGCCGGAAGGUACAGUUACGCAAAAAAUAGAUAUUUCAAAAAUCGCCGAGAAGGAUAUACCUAUACCGGUAGUUGCGGUGCUCGAUCCUUCAAAGGAAACGAAUGAUAAGAUCGAGAGCUCGAUCGUCGCUUUAUUACCUAAUGUCAAUCCGACCAUUGAGGACGAUCGACUGAAUUAUUUGAAUGCUAAUCGCGAGGAAAUUCGAAGAGACGUGCAACAAUUCAUCGACGAGUCUUCGCUGAGUGUCAAUCCGGAAAUUUGGAAACGUUCUUUGGAGAGUGAAGUCGAGAUCGGAUCAUCUCCUACGACGUACGAUUCACAGGAUAAAAAUUUAGAUUAUCUUGCAUCUGAAAAAUUCAAUUUGCCGACGAUCAUUCUCGUUCCACGAGAUGCGAACUCGCCCUAUCUCUGGGUAACAAAAGAUGAUAAAAAUGAUCCUUCGAAGGAUAACGAGGAGAAUAUGAGCACCGCAGAGGAUAUCAUUUUUAGGCCGUUGUUUAGAUUUCGACAAGAAUCACAUCAUAGGUCUGAUGCUUAUAGCGAUCGACGAUAUAAUUCCUAUCAAAGUUACGAUUCCUAUCCAAGACGUCGAUACAGACCACGAUAUUCCGACGAUUAUUACUAAUUAUUAGUUGUUAAUAAGAAAAAAUUAGAUGACUCGAUCGUUAUGUAAUCCUUUGAAAGUUUAGAAUAUUGUUGUUAUGCGUUGUCCGUAUCUAAUUUAUAAUGUUACGUUAAUAAAUUAUAUCUCAACGAAA